AUGGCAUCAAUUGCUCCUCUACAGACUAUGUUUCCUACAAAUUCACUGACUCAAUUGGCAUCAACUGGUAAUUCAUCUCCAUCCAGCUUUUGUGUUUCAUCAUCAACUUUGGGUUCAAAAUUUACUUCAAUCAGCAGUCAGAGGAUUAAGAAAAAAAGAUCUUUGACAGUGGUUGCGGCAGCUGGAGAAGUAUCGGCCGAUGGCACUGUCUAUCUGAUUGCCGGUGCUGCCACGGUGGCUUUGCUUGGAACUGCCUUCCCUAUCCUAUUUUCUCGCAAGGACCUGUGCCCCGAAUGCGAUGGAGCGGGAUUUGUGCGGCAAUCUGGGGCUGCUCUGAGGGCAAAUGCGGCUCGGAAGGACCAGGCUCAGAUUGUGUGUGCUCGUUGCAAUGGUCUUGGCAAGCUGAAUCAAGUCGAUAAAUAA